AUGCCUCUGGUAAAGGAUCUCCUUUAUCCCUCUCCAGAAGAGAAGAGGAAACACAAGAAGAAGCGCCUGGUGCAGAGCCCCAACUCCUACUUCAUGGAUGUGGAGUGCCCAGGAUGCUGUAAAGUCACCACCGUCUUUAGCCAUGCACAAACAGUAGUUUUGUGUGUUGGUUGCUCUACUGUCCUUUGCCAGCCUACAGGAAGAAAAGCAAGGCUUGCAGAAGGAUGCUUCUUUAGACAGAAGCAGCACUAA